CCGUCCUCCCUGCUGAACGGCUGCCUACCGCUGGGCAGGGAGGGGGCUGCUUCCACCCGAGCAGUGAGGCUCCCGAAGGGAAGGUUCCUUGUCCCCCUUCUCCCAUCGGCCGCGGAGGGAGAGCACCAGCAGUGAUGCUGAUCAGUCAGACUGUCAGUUGACAGUCAGACUGUCAUCUCCAGAGCGGGAGGAAGAGCCGUGCCUGCCAGCGAACAGCGCGACUUCAACAGCAAAGGAGAAGAAAGUGUACUCGCCGUGUCUUGCUGAACAGACAAUAAUCCUGACUCCAGCAAUCAGACAGCAAAACUCUUCUGCACGAAUCCCACUCCCUGGGAGGAGAUGUUCCCAGAUAAAUCACCAGCAAGCUUAUGGGCUGCACCAGCUGCUCUAGUGCCUAGUCCCAACACCCCUGCCUGCUCUGAAAGAAAGUCAACUUUUUGUGUGUUCCUAAUGAGAAACUCAAAACUCCAUACUCUUUAAGCAUGUAUCAAUAGCUCUGGAUUAGGAGAGAAGAGAUUCCUCCCAGCAGUCUGGCAAAGCAGAGCACAACGUUCCCCAGCUCAUGCAAGGACAAACUACAUGCUGUGGGAGAAGCUGGCAGAAAGCUGUUUGGAAAACAGCACCUGCAAAGACUAGAGCUGUGCAAACCUUUGCAGUUCAGUUUGAGAGAAGGACCAAAGCUUUUCACCUGCCAAAGGAGGUGGCCUACCAAAAGAAGGACCAAAGCAUUUUCAGGACAAAAUAAAAGCCAGAUAUAAAACACAAGUCUAAUGCUUGUUGUCAUUGUAAAUGGCAAAAUGAGUUGCAGAGGCCUGUCUCAUGCAAUCUGCUUAACUGUGUGAACCAGAAGUCUUGAGAUGAAGAGGAUGGAGCAUUACUUGUUGAAGCUAUCAUGUAUCCUAAGUUUCCUCUCUUGACCUCCUUGGUGAGUCUGGUGAGAGAAGACAGCAAAUCUGGAAGUAAAUGGUGAAAAUGGACCAAAGGUGACAGAGAGCAAUGACUGAGCUGUAUUCCAAACUCCGUGGGAACCUGACUGGCCGCGUCCACUUUCCAACUCUGGCUACAGAAGCAGACACAAGAGCAGAUAAAUACUCCAGCCUCUACGUGUAUGUGGUAUUGUUCCUAACACUUCUGGCUAUCCUUCUCAUACUGCUUUUCUCCAUGCUCUUGCGCCUGAAGCAUGUUAUUGCCCCAAUCACCACGUCUCCAGAGAGCACUGAGAAUACAGUCCAGCAGUUCACAGAUGUGGAAAUGCACAGCAGGAUUCCUACCACUUAAAGACCCCAAAGCAAAAAGGCCUCUGUGCUUGUGAAACAGGUUUUGUUCUGCAAAAUGGUGGUGGAAAGAAUCUCUGCCUGUCUGUUGAGCCCUAGAACUUAUUGUACAACCAUCAACAGCAGCACAGAGCAUCUGGAGAGUGUCAGGCAGCUCAGACUGACUGGCUGGGGCCCACUGACUGUUGACACUACAUACAAUGUGUGUGCAACAGCCUCAGUAAAACUGACAUUACAGAAACCUGCUGUCAGGAAAGCCUCCUAUCCCUCCAAAAGGCCUUGAAGAAAAUGGUAAAAGCCACAAUGACAGCCAAAAACCCAGAGCAACAUGUACCAGAAUGUGUUCUGGAGCCUGGAUUUGCUGACCUAUCUCUCUGCCCUUAAAUUCCUUGUGAAGAGUUGAAUUAAGAAAGUGGAGUGGCAUCAACAGGAAAAGCCCACGGGACAUGUACAGAAAUUAUCAGUGGUUUUGAAAUUCUCAGGCAUUUAUCCCAUUCAAGAAGGAAAACCAUAAACUGCUUUUUCCCCACUUGAUUAGCAGAUUUACACAGCAGUUUCAGAAGUAUACAGAUGUGUCAUCACCUGCUGGAAGUAUUGGUUCCUGACAUUAAAAGCCAUACAGUGAAGAGUUGCAUUCCAGAUAGCAGAAAGAGAUGGAACUUUUAAAAGAGGAAAGAAAAUAAAAAUAAAAUUGAACAAAGGUUGAAAAUCAAAAGAAAGCAUCAGCAGGAAAUGAACAACAGGAGAAAAGUUACAAGACAUUCUACCUCUCUUUGCCUUUGUUCUCCAUUAGAUAACUGAGGUGAAUACAAUCAUAUUCGUGCUGUUUAGCCUCCCAAGUAUCAUUCAGUAAUUAAAAUGCAGUGUCAAGUGUGAGUCAAAUGGACAUCAUUCUAAACAGACCCAAAUUCCUAAGCCCAUUUCUUCUCAUCCUCAUGUUGGGUUUUCUUCCUCUAAAGACAGACCAGUUCUGCCAAAGCUUUUUCACUUUUCAUUUGUUUUCCUCCAAAGAAAGUUGAAGAAAUGCCAGGGCCUGGCACUGCAAUAAUGGAUAGCCUGAACAGCUUUGGACAUACACUAAUAGGGAACAUGGAGAUGGAAAGUAAACUCACUGAGCACUAAAAGAUAGCACUGGAUUCAAAUAUCCUGACAGAUCAUUUGGAACAGUGAGGAAAAAAAUGUUUCCUUAAAUUUAUGAAAUGAUAAUCUGACCCAAUCCUCUCACCUCUGACUGAUGCACAGAGAAAGACUUUGCUUCUGUGGAUGGGAAAGAUGGAAUCAAAUACAGCACGUUACUGCUGGGAGAGUCACUGCCUCUUACAGACAAACCUUGAGCAAGAUUGUUUGAGCUAUGUCUUUACAAGGCAUGAAUUUUACCCAUCCUCUCUUCUUUAUUUCAGUCUCAUUCUGGCUUAGCUAUAAAAGCCCUAUAUGCUUUCCACAUUUAUAUACACUUAUUUGCCAAUUCUUCUUUCUCCAAGGCUUGGAAAGCAUAAAAUCUCCACACAAAACCAGUGCUAAAAUUAGAGAAGACACUGACUCCAUGGACUUGUAUUAGUAACAAGAAACUGCUUCUCAAGUGCUUUGUGUACAACAGGCUCUUUAUUUACCUUUAAAAGUCUGUAUAUGGGUGAGCUAUUUGGUUUGGCUUUUAUAGCUGAUUGUGUUUGUAUGGAGAACAGAAUGAUAAGUAACAUCCAUACUGGAUACAGUUGGUCCACAGGCAGGACUAGUAUUUUCUCAGUGAUAUAUUUAGUAUGAAACUUUAAAAAUUGCUUCCUUAUUUAGAAUAGCACCUUUUAUACUCCAUUAACCACACAUAAGCAGGUUUAAUCUGUGAAAUAGCACAAUGACUGCAAUGCUCCAGGCUUGGGGAAGAAUGGCUGGAAAGCUGCUCAUGGAAAAGGACCUGGGGGGUGCUGGCUGAUGGAGCUGAACAUGAGCAGCUUGUGCCCAGGCAGCCAAGAAGGCCACCAGCAUCCUGGCCUGCAUCAGCACCAGUGGCAGCAGGGCCACGGCAGUGAUUGUCCUCCUGUACUGGGCACUGGUGAGGCCGCACCUCAAAUCCUGUGUCAGUUCUGCGACCCCCACUACAAGAGAGACAUUGAGGUACUGGAGUGGGGCCAGAGAACGGCAACGGAGCUGGGGAAGGGCCUGGCGCACAAGUGUGAUGGCGAACAGCUGAGGGACCUGAGGGGGUUUAG